AUGUCUUUCCGAAUAUCACAACAGCUUUUUGGCAAAGGGCAUUUUAGUGCUAAUGGCAUUUUGCGGUCUCUGUACUGUGGUUGUCGUUAUAUAUUCACACCAAGCUCAUUAGAUAAAACUACACCUUUACGGCGGGACCCAAAGUUGCCGAUACACAGCGAUGACCAUGGCAACAAAAACGAAAACAAAAACAAAAAUAAGAAUAAGAAUAAAAACAAAAAUAAGAAUAAAGUCAAGCACAAUCAUAAUCACAAUUUCAAUCAUCAGUAUGGUCUUGGCAGAUCAAACGCUUCGUAUUCAGAAAAAAGUAAACUCACACUGAAAAGAAAGGAACUAGAGUCGAAACGACAGUCUACCCAACCGCAGAAAAAAGUUUUUGUGCACGAUCUUAGAUCUUUAACGCAGGAGAUUUCCACAUAUGUUCAAUACAAAGAGUUGGAAGAAAAAGGGGAAGCUAUGGAGCCUGAAGAAAUAUAUCGACUGAUUUCAGGGGGAAACGAAGCAUCCAACACCAAGACUGAAAGCACAGGAAAGGAACUCAAACUAAGAAACCAGAUCCCCAAAGAAAUCUCAAACAAGUUGGGGCUUGUAAUGGAGUUUCUGAGUUCAAACGGCACUGGAAUAAACUGGCCCACAAUCACUGACCAAUUAAGCCUAAGUGGUGGGUUCCAAGGAUUUAGCUCCGAAACAGUCAAUCGCUUCAUUAGUUUGAUACCUUUGCAAAGUCUCAAUAAAAUGAGACCUAGCUUGUUACACAUGUGCAAAGACGCGCAAGUGAAUUUAUCAUCCAAAGUUGAGACCAAACUAUUCAAGUCUAUGGCAUUGGGUGACAGACUUUCUGAUACUACGAUUCAGGAAAUGGAAGAGGAGUUUGAGAAAUUACAGGCUAGUAAUCGCUUAAAAACAGAACAUUUUGAAACAAUGGCAUUAGCAUAUGUCAAGAAUCAGAAAUUGGAGAAAGUUGAUAGCUUGAUACAGACAAUGAAACUUCGAGGCUUGGAGAUUGGGAGGUCUAUUUUUACCUCUAUAUUGAUAGGCUACACAUAUUAUGAAAAAAACGUUGAUAAAGCAUUACAAACAUUUGAAGCGAUGAAGUUUUUGUCCAAAAAGACCGCACCCACAUCUCAGAACUACAAGGACAUCAUUGCUGCAUGCACAAUGAAUGGGAAAAUUGAAUUGGCACUAAACUUUUAUCAGGACAUGUUGGAACAGAAUACUCAAGUGAACCAAACUGUUUUAGCGAUGCUUGCAAAGGGAUGUAUUAAAAAUAACGCAUUGGUACCGAAAGCUUGGGAGUUUAUCUUUAAGAUUUAUGACUUUUCUUGGUCGCCAAGUUUAGACACAUAUGAGACAAUGUUGUAUAUUUCAGCUCGAGAAGGAGAUGCCAACUUGACAAGAGCACUUUUUUUUAAAUUGUUGCAAAGCGGCUCAGUAACACCUAGGGCAGCAUUUUACUUAAUGAUGUCUUAUUCUAGGUAUUCUGAGAAGAAGAACAACACUGGGUUCUACUCCAUAACUAAUAGCGAAAGAGGUAGAUUGUUCCGCGAUCACAUUAUCAAUGAUGUUGAUUAUACAAAAAGUGUGUUUGAGUUUCCGAUGUUGCCAUUAAACAAUCUUCACUCGGAGGAACUCAUAUUGGCAGAAGCUUUAGCAGUAUGGUCAUUUUUUUCAAUCAACAAGCCUAGUUUCCUAACUCCUCAACUUCUUUCUUGCUACUUGACUGCGGUGUUGAAUCAUGGAAAAUUGAACGAUUUCAAAAACGUAUUCGAGGAUUGCACUUAUGCAGAAGUGUCGUUACCCCUGAAUCGUCAGCAAGUUGAUCAAACUGGUAAAGUCGUCCACGUUGACCAAGAUACAGAAAGUGAAGAAAACGAGACAAAACAAGACAAACAAGCCAAUCAUGCAACAACUUCUACAUUUGAUAUUCAAAUAGCUAACUUAAACUCAUCUUUGCCCCAGCAAACAAAUAAUUUGCAUAAACUUCCUCGUGAAAGCAUCGUGUACAAAAUAGCAAUGAGAGCUGCUGCCAAAUUCAGAGACGGCGAGCUUGCCGACAAUAUUAUUGCAGAGAGGGGUCUUUAUAGGAAGUCAAAGUCUUAUAAGCUAUUACCUAAAAGGAAGCAAAUUGCAUUGGAUUUUGAGUUUGCCUGUUCUACAGUCCAUUAUUACACUGACGUUGGAUUGUUUAACGAUGCUUUAGCAGUUAUAUUGCUGUCUGAAGACACAUUUAAUUGGUCGUGGAAGGAAGUUGGAAAAUUGAUCAACACAGCAGCUAGUCUUCAUGAUACUAAAACGGUCGAGACAGCCAAAAGUAUCAUAAAGCGUGUGAAAUUGAGACAGCAUAGUCUUUAG